AUGCUCACCCUCCUUUUAGCCAUUAUCAGCAUUUUCACCCCUCUGAUCUUCGCAGAAAACUCCCAGCCCAUCAAUCUGGUCGCCAACAACAGAGCUGGCAAUUACCUGUACACCACUAAAAUCGACGACUUCACCUACAAAGUCUCAACCGUCGGUUUCUCCGGUUUCGCAUCGCACUUUUCAAUCCACGAUGUCCAAAAUAUCAACAAUGCCUCCAUACAUGCUCCUCAAAUCGGUCCAGAUGCUAUAAUGGACGUCUACAGAACCAGCGCAGGUGGUGUACCUACUUCGCAGGUCUUUGUGAGGACGAACAUGACCUAUGAUGAUAUUCCUCAUUGGCAGCAAAUUAGCAUUGCGGAUAAUCGUUUGAAUUAUUAUACUUGGGACUAUCAGUAUAUUUUUUACUUUUGUGAGACGCCGAUCCUGACGGACGAUGACAUGGAGAGUACUACUACGCUGUUUAUGAGGAGGAGCGAGGUCAACUUGCCUGAGGGAUGCUGGGAUACUACGUUCUCGACCACGAGGCAGGGGUUUGGGCGUGGAUAG